AUAUAUAUGAGGAAGCCACUCUCAAGCCCCCCCUCCUUCCCCAGCAUUCAUUUCCUCCCGAUACGCAGCAGCAACAGCAGCAAUGACCAACACAAAGCACUCCGUCAUUGUCGACACCGACCCAGGAGUGGACGACGCAUUAGCGCUGCUUUUCGCUUUUGGCAGCCCCAACAUCGAUAUCCGCGCCAUCACCGUCACGCAGGGCAACACCACCCUUCAGAACUCCUUCCGCAAUCUCAAGCAGAUUCUGACAGUACAGGCAGCUCAUGAGCGUUACCUUGCGGAGCACAAGACGGAUGCGACCGUGAACGCCCCCGGCACCCUGCUUUCCCGCGACGAGCCAGUUGUGGUAGCUCUUGGGGCUGGCAAGCCAUUGGAGGGAGAGCCGACAUAUGCGCAUUUCUAUCAUGGCGACGAUGGACUCGGUUUCUACUUCAAAGAUGAGAAGCUGCAGGAGGACGAUUUGGACCAGACGAAGGCUGUCGCUGGUGCGACAAAAGCGGCGAAUCCCACGCAGGAGGACAAGGAUGCUGCAAAGGAGCUGUACACUCUGAGUGCGCGAUCUGCUGAGGAUGAGAUUCUGCAUCAGUUGGAGACACACCCGGAAGGCACUGUCAGCAUUGUGGCCCUUGGUCCUUUGACAAAUGUCGCAAAGGCUAUUCAGAAGGAUCCCUUGACAAUGAAGCGAGUCAAACACAUCUUCACAAUGGGUGGUGCCAUCGACCACCCCGGAAACAUCACUCCCGUCGCAGAGUUCAACUGGCACGGUGACACUCUCGCAGCGCAUAUCGUCAUUGCGUCCGACCUUCCUGUCCGCGUCGUACCUCUCGACGUCACCAUGGUCUCCUCAAUCGUCGACAGCCACUACCUUAAGACGCAUGCGGAACCUCUGCAAACACCCCUGAGCAACUUUGUAUCUACAAUCACGGACCACGUGCUUGGCCUGACCGAGCGUACAAUAGGUUUCAGGUGGUUGUUUAUGCACGAUCCAUUGACGAUCGGAGCUUUGGUGGACCCCACCCUCCUCGAGUUCACCCCUCUCGACUUCCAAGUCGAGCCUACCGGCACCUUCACGAAGGGAAUGUGCGUCGUCGACCGCCGCACCGGUCCGAAGGGCACCCCCGCCUCCAAAAAACGCACGAAUAUUGAGGUCGCAUUGAAGGGUGACACACACAAGUUUUUGGUCAUGUUUUACAAAACGCUUUUUGGUCUUGACUGGGACAAGUUUGAGAAGGUGCCUGCUAAAAGCAGUGCUUCCUAGGCUGGAGAGUGAUUCGAAAUUCAACCGGCGUUUGCAUGCUUAUACUCCUUCAAGAUGUCACACUAUGUACACUAUUGGCUAUGCAGC